AUGUCUUCAAAUAAUUUGCUACUUGUUGGGAGUGGAAUAGGAGGUGGUGGAUUUUUACUUGUUUAUUUGGCACAAAAAUUAUAUAAUCAUUUUAAUUCAUCAUCACCAUCAUCUAUUACUACUACUACUACUGCUAAUUCCGAAGAAAAUAAUUCGUUAUAUAAUUUAUCCUAUUUGAUGAAUGAAAUAUUCCCUUUUCACUUUCUUCCCGAUAAUUCAAAUAGUGGAUCAACAGUGUUUGUUGAAAUGAAAUUAAAUGAUAAGAAGAAAUUAAAUCAAUUAAUUAGUCUUUUGAGAGAUUAUAAUACAUGUAAACAGGCUAUUUUCAAGGAAAUGUUAUUUCAUAAACUUGCACGAAUAAUCAAGCCAGAUACUACUUUGGAGGAUGUUAAUAGUAAGGAGUUUUUCAAGAGGGAGAAACAGAUUCAUACUUGUUUGUGGAUUUUAUUGCAUUGUUUAGUUUUGGUUGGAAAUGAUUCAAUUGAUGUCUUGCUUUCAAUUUUUAGAUUGGAUGAUUUUUAUCAAUUCUUUAUGGAAAAGGAUUUUACAAAACACCAAGCAAUGAAAAUAUUCAAUUUAAAAGGUGAUUCAGUAUUCAAUGCAAGUGAAUCAUUCUUGUUUUCCAUUGAUAUUAUUUGGUUGGCAUAUGCAAUUUUAGGUCACUUGUAUUGUCAAUCAUUGAAUAGCGAGGAGAAGAAUAAUUUGCAAUAUUCGAAAAAGCAUUUGGAGGUUUUACAAAUUAAUAAGGAAAUGUUUGAACAAUUGCUUUAUUUAUCGCCUUCUGGAGUGAAUAAUUCAAAACAAGAGGGAGAAAGAUACAAGAGGAAUAUCUUAUUUACAAGUGAUAAUCAAAUUGGAUACGAUAAUUUAGUUAAAUUUUUAAAUACUACAAACUUAUUGAUGAGAUGUGAUGACAAUACUCUAGUUCAACUAUCAUUAUCAAUAUUUGGCCAACUAGUUGCCAAUGUACAGGAUGAAAAUGUAAUUUUGAAGAAUUUCAAUGUAAGUUUGAGUUUAUGA